AUGGAGUUUUGCGUGGUGGCUUUAGCUGGCACAUCAGGAUACAUGCCAAGGGUUAGCCAGGCACAUCUCUAUGCGACAAACUACGAUUUGAUAAUGGGGUGCUCAGCUCUUCUCGCUGGGCAGCGUUGUACGGGUACUGGUGGGCUGAGCUGUCCAGUGCCUCCCUUCCCGGGCAAGUACAAGUGUGUGUUGCAAACAUUCAGGAUAAUAGGCCAGAAUCCUCGUCUGUCCGUACAGGGACCUGUACCUGUGGGGGCGCGGGGGUUGGGGGGUGGUCGGCCCCUGCAAAAUUCUCCUGAUAACAAAUCUUCUGCUCUCACCUCCUUAGCUCCAGUUCGUCCGCUUGCCCUCCCCACAACCCUUGACGAGAAGGGCUUCUCCGCCGGAUCUAGACAUGGUUCCCAGCACACAGGGGCCCCCGCAUGGAGGCCUCCCCCAAGAGGUGAAGCCGGCGAAGGCCUCAAAGAAGAGGGUCCACCUGACGACAGAGGAGCACUCAGGGAUCAGGAGACGCCAUCCGGAGCUCUUAACGGCCCGCCAGCGGCAGACUGCGGGGGGAGUGGUGUUGCCUUGUGCAAUUUGGCGGAGGCUUUGCUGGUGGGCCUGUCAUCACCAAAAACAGGGACAGUGGAGGCCUCUGAAGACAUUCAGAAGAAUGAGCAGCCUUCGAUCACCCCUGAGCUAGAAAUAAUUUGUCCUCCGAGCCGCACGGGUUCUCAGGAGGGCCCACCGCUCUCUUUUGUAGUCCCAGUGAGCGAGGGCCCCCACGAGCCAUGGCCCCCAGCCGUCCUCUCUAUGCCGCCAGCUGAAGUGCGCGCCUGGCGUGGGGAUCUUCUCCCCAAGAGCGAUGAAGAGACUAUGAAUCUGACGGCUCCCGGUCUUGCCCAAGCGCUCUGCCGUCUCGUUCUAGGUGACGGCGACACCUUCGCUGAGAAUCUGCAGCAGCAGCAGCAGCCAGUAGUUAGUGCGGGAGGAGGAGCAUCCCGUUCGGCAGCGCUGUCGACAGCAACGGGCAGUCUUAGCGGCCGUCAGAAUUCUUUCCUCUCCGUCACCUCCACGACAGCCUCAGGUGCUGCGGGCACGUCGAGGGGUCCCUCUGCAGACCCCUGGAGCAGCGAUCUCGGGGAGGCGUGCCAAGAAGCUCCUCCCUUCUUCCCGCAAGUGCAUCAGAGCGCCUUCACAUAUCGCCCCCUGCAAGAGCAACAGCAGCCGAGGUCACCUGGAGACACAGGUGCAGCAGCGCUGUAUCGCCGUGGAAUGGGCAUGUUCAAUGUGCCCCUGCAGCAACAGGGGUACCACCAAGCCACGUACACGGAGGGCCUCAAGAAACCUUCGAUUGCAGAGAAUUCAAAGGGCGAAGGGUCCCAACGGCAGCACCCUAUCGCAACGGCAGCGACUACAGACAUUCAUUCUCUUCUUUGUGGACACCUUCAUGCACAACAACCCCGGAGGCACCAGGGAGCCUCGCGACAUCCGCCCCCUCCGCAGCCGGGACCUUCGUGGUCCUCGAGGGGCCCCCGUGGGCCCCCCCGUAAUCGCAGCAUCAACAACCAGCAGCCUCUGCAAAGCUCUUUUUCGCAAGCGGCGGAUGCUUUGUCCUGCUCGUACCCGGCAGCUGGUAGUGCUGUGGGUGGUAUAGGGGUAGGAGGCUCUCAAGGUGAAACUUCAGCUGCUGGGACUGUAUUGAGCCAAGCUUAUGGUUGUAGCGGGCCUAGCCUUCCUGCAGCAGUAAAUGCCGGAGGGUCUCCGCAGGUGUCUUCAGGAGACGCAGCAGAAGCAACAGACGCUGCAGCAGCAGCAGAAGCAACAGACGCUGCAGCAGCAGCAACAACAACAGCCUCUUCGCUCUAGAGGCGUGCAGGUGCGGGAGCCCACCAGGGGCCCCAGUUGGCCGAUUUGGGGGGCCCCGGCCGACGUGCAGCAGCGCAGAAGGCUCCACGGCUGGCGUUCCCAAACUCAGCAAGUGCAGCGGCAGCAGCAGCAGCAAGGUCGCCUUCCGAGGAGGACUUGUUUGGUCCUGGCGAUGGAUCGAGCCAUGAGGGCUCCCUGGCUAGCGACGCAGAUUUGUUUGGCGAUCUUCAACCAUCUCCUGCUGCUUCCAUCGCAGCAGAGUCUGACUCAGAAUUAGCCCCUGACACGGCGGGCCCAGUAGUCGCAUUCGCUGCCCCUCUUACAGAAGAGGAAGCAGAAGGGUUUGGAGAAGAAGAGAGUGCAAGCCAGCCCUCAGAGAAUCUCCCCCCUCAACAGCUGCGGCUGCGAAGUUCCUGGGUACCUUCUCUCCCUAAAGGAGCCUCUCUUCUCACGUGGAGGAUUCCGCCUGCAUUGGCACUUAUCAAUGCAACUGAACAGUCUCACGAUCAGCAGCAGCAGGAUCAGCAGCAGCAACAUGGUUUUGCCAUAAAGUUUACUUAUGAUGAAAGUGCCGCCAGCCAAGGAAAAUCCGCAUACACAAGCAACUGCAGGUUGGUGGAGUUCAGCGAUGGUUCCUACUGUCUCUUUGUGGAUGACAAGGGAUUUGAAUGCAAUACAAAGGACGAUGUUUCAUACAUUUUCGAGUCCACCGGAUCGCGGGGACCUCUCUGUAGCGUCAUGGCGUCUGAGAAGCGGCUCCAGGUGCUAAUGCCUACUGGGCUAGGCGCUUCGUCCUUCUUCUCAAAGUGCAAAUCCGCGGGACGAAGCGAUCCGAAGAGCCGCACGGCUCUCACCGCAACUGAACUGGUUGAAGCUGCAGAGACAGCGGAACAACAAAGCUUCCUCGCGCGACAGGAGGCAGCCCGCAGCCGCAGAGCCCUUACAGAAGCACAGCGAGGGCUCACCAGAGGGUUUCUGGAGGCAGAGGAAUCUGACAACGAAGAUGAACAGGGUACAGUCUAG